AUGCCGCUCCAAACUAGAAAGUCCAAAAAGGAUGGAAGAAAGAGGACAUACUCGUUGCUAUCGAACACUACAAACACACAGGCUGGCCCUGUUGCAAGUCCUAAAACUGUCGCGAACAGUUCGCCUUCACAGCAACCCAACGGGUCAAGACAAGCCCUAAAUGCGCCUGCCAUUCCAGAGAACCCACCACAGAAACCCGCAGAGCCGGUGAAGAAGUUGCCUAAUGUGUUUGAAUUCCUGGAAGAGAAUGAGGAAUCGUCUUCAGACUCAUCAUCAGCAUCCUCAUCAUCGUCGGAGUCUGAAUCCGAAUCCGAUGAGGAGCUGGAUCCUCCACGCCCUAUACACACUACCACCAAGAUCCAGUCUCCUAAGCCUCGGGCAAAUACCGUACCACAUGGCGUGUUGGUCUCAGGAGGCAACAUACCCCCGAAGAAAGUCGCCCAAUCAGCUUCAGUGGCAUCCAAAAGUCCAAAAGAGCCGCGAAAGUCCGCAGCACCACCCGCGCCUUCAACUGGCAAUCAGUUAGUCACCCGGAAGAGACAACCAACCAGAAAACCGAGUCCGAUCUCGACUGCAAACAUCUCCCCAGGAAAAGGCCAACUAGAACUGUCCCGGCCAUCGACCUACCAUGACUCAUCAAGAGACAGCGAUAGCAUUCACAGGACGCCGACAAAGCGACGGGACUCCAACGCAUCGCAAGAGCCAUCAGGAUAUGGGCUCCUAGCUUCACACCUAACCAAGUCCACUUCAGAAGAGAGUGGGAGCUUCCCUCCACUAUACCGACGCUUCGAGACCGUGAACCACCGCGUUCUUCUCCACCUCCAAGAUGAGAUCUCCCAAAUGGAAGAAGAUCUCCACGUGUUAGAUGAAUAUGAAGAAAUGCAUCGAGUCGACAUAGCCGAGCAGGAAGGCGCAAAGCCAUUACCUGCUUCACGACGGCGCGACGCCCAGUCACAGGCGUACUCAUCUUUACAUUACCGUCGAAUGGACCUCAUGAGUGCUUUGAUCCAAAAGACCGAACAAUAUAACAACGCCCUCAGCGCCUAUAGCAAAGUCCUCCAGACCCUCCCGCGAGCAUCGGAACAGGAAAUCACGGGCUAUCGAACCUGGAUGAGAGAGAACAAACCGGUCGCUGGUGUCGAGACACGGUUCUUAAUUCACGACGCGGAUCUGGUCUCCCUCACCCCGCGACUGGCUGCUUCUACCGCCGCAGCACCCGUCUACAUCGCCAUUAUUAUAGCCUCUGGAGCGCUACUGCUACCAUUGUUGGCGUUUAGCCUUAUUGCGGAAUUCUCCGGUCGUCUCGUCGUUGUGACAGUUGUUGGCGGCGCCGCAUCGGCCAUUGCAGCGAAUUAUUCGGCUGGUAUUGAUACGCUGGUUGACUCGAGGGAUGGUUGGCGCUGUGCUAUGAUAUACUUCGGUUUUAUGACUAUUGCUGCUAUGUUCAUUCCAUAG